GCCGUGCCCCGCCCCGUUGCGUCGCCGGAAGUGUCGCCAUCUUGACGCGCCGAAACUGGCCGUCGCUUUCGCUCUACACCUGGGCGGUGGUGGCUUCAAUGUUUGGGGGCUGGUUCUGACGCUGAUUUUAGGAUGGGUUGCGACGGGGGAACAAUCCCCAAGAGGCAUGAACUAGUGAAGGGGCCGAAGAAGGUUGAGAAGGUUGACAAAGAUGCUGAAUUAGUGGCCCAAUGGAAUUAUUGUACUCUAAGUCAGGAAAUACUAAGACGACCAAUAGUUGCCUGUGAACUUGGCAGACUUUAUAACAAAGAUGCUGUCAUUGAGUUUCUGUUGGACAAAUCUGCUGAAAAAGCCCUGGGGAAGGCAGCAUCUCACAUCAAAAGCAUGAAGAGUGUGACAGAACUGAAGCUUUCGGAUAAUCCUGCCUGGGAAGGAGACCGAGGAAACACGAAAGGUGACAAGCACGAUGACCUGCAGCGGGCGCGCUUCAUCUGCCCAGUUGUGGGCCUGGAGAUGAAUGGGCGGCACAGGUUUUGCUUCCUUCGGUGCUGCGGUUGUGUGUUUUCUGAACGUGCCUUGAAAGAGAUAAAAGCAGAAGUUUGUCACACGUGCGGGGCUGCCUUCCAGGAGGAUGACGUCAUCGUGCUCAAUGGCACCAAGGAGGACGUGGAGACGCUGAGGACGAGGAUGGAGGCACGGCGGCUGAGGGCGAAGCAGGUGAAGAAACCCAGGAAGCCCAAGGCAGCGGAGUCGGCUUCCAAAGCGGACAGCAGUGAAGCCUUGCUUGCGCCGUCGGAAGCAAAGAGCGGCAAGCCCGGGGAAGCCGGCCCCGAGCCCCAGGAGAAGAGGGGCGCCGCGGGCCCCCGGAGCGCAGCAAACGGGGCCUCUUCCGGGAAGGCGGGGAAGCCGGGCGGGCCCCCGAAGAGGUCCAUCGCAGACAGCGAGGAAUCCGAAACCUACAAGUCCCUCUUCACCACGCACAGCUCCGCCAAGCGCUCAAAGGAGGAGUCUGCGCACUGGGUCACGCACACGUCCUACUGCUUCUGAGCGGCCCCGCCCCCGUGUUAUAAACGCCCCACCCCCCACCCCCGCUGUAUGGUCGUUCGAUGCAGAGCCAGGGGUCUGGGUCGGGUCCUGGAGGACGUGGGGCGGGCCGCUUGCAUAGCCGGGUGGGAUGGUCUUGCUGCUCAUAGCGCUCAAGACUCCGGGCUCCCCAGGUGUGCGCAGCCCAUGUGGGCUGAAAUCACAGUGGCUUUGCUGCCUUCAGUCAGCCCAGCAGCGAGGAGACAGCCUGGGGAUGUGUUUCUGAUACCAGGCAUCUCGCCCACCACAGCCCGGGGUGGGGGGUGGGGGGCUGGGGCAUGUCCUCUGCUAAGGGUUGGGGGUGUCCUGUCAUUUUGAACAGAGUAGGGAUCAGCUAAUACGAUACAAAAUAAAGCUCGUUUGCCUUUUCUCUCA